AUGGGAGACUCUGAUACAGAGGCGUCAACAGGCACCUCUCCCGGCCAGGGAAGACCACGAAGGAAUGUGAGCCGACCAGCGCACCUCAGCGAAGAACAGGCGCACGACGCGUCCCUCAGCGGAAAAAGAACCAGAAAAACAAACCCAACAAAGCAGAUCAACAACCAAGACAACGAGACAAGAUCAAAUUCCUCCAGCUCUACCAGAUUUUUGCAUCUGGUUUUAGAAAAGCUGGAUGAUCAGGCGACCGCGAUCCAGCACCUCCAACAGCAUGCUGAGAGGAGGGAGCAGGAACACCAAAAUCAAAUCGUGUUAAUGCAAGAACAAAUCAAGGCACUCACUGGGACCAUCGAGUCAACACAAGCCAACUACAAUGAUGAACUCAAGAAAAUGGUUGGCGAAAUCCAGACAGCAAUUUCAGGAUCGCAGCUGGCUACUCCUCCAGUUCAAUCACCGAGCACAGGCAGAAGUUGGGCGUCUGUGGUGACCCCAUCUUCAGCAAUCUCUCCAGCAACCCAGAUGGCAAGAGCAGCACUAGGUCUUCCAAGCAUCAAGAUCAACUUAUGGACGGCUACAAUGGAAACAAAACAACUCCUGACCGACCCAACCUUAACCAAAACAACCAUUAACAAUGAACUGAGCAAAGAUCAAAACACCAAACAGGUUCAGGUUGAAGGAGUGAAAUCUACUCCCGGGAACUCACUUAAAGUUUUUGUGAACAGCGAGGAAGACGCCAGGGUUCUCCAGCAGAACCAGGCCUGGUUAGAAAAACUGCAGGGGGCAAGGCUUGGACAAGAACCGUGGUACCCAAUCAAAAUAGAUGAUGUCAGGAAGAUCGAUGUCUUUGAGAAUGGGGAACUGCGAGAAGAUUUUAAGGACAUGUUCCAACAAGAAAACGAAGCCCAGGCCCAGAGGAUAUCCUGGCUUAGUGGCCCAAAACCAUACGGAUCCAUGAUAGCAUAUCUCUCUAAGGCGAGUGACGCCUCACGGCUACUCCACCGCAAAAUGGUCCAGAUUAGGGGUGAAUUUGCGGGAGAUGUGCUGGAUCCCACAAGGUCAUUGAAUGCACAGUUGCAGAGAGAAAAUGCGGAGCAUGUGGAGGAGGUCAUGAGGCAUCAUAUUCAGGUUGCAGUCAAUGGAAAGAUGAGAUAA